GGACGGCUUUCUGCCUGAAAUCCAAUUGGAUUUUUAGUUCGUGCAAACACUUCGAUGCGGGCAGAGAUAGAUAACUUUGGCCGUUUCGCUGAAUGAGUUUUUGGUUUUCUUUUCUUUGCAAUCGUUUUUUUUGUGGUUUUUCGUUUCCAUUCAAUUUUUCUCUUUGUUUUUGCAUUCCACAAUCGACAUGUUGACCAAGUGAUUUCGUUAUCGUGCACAUUGCGGUACUGAAUUUUAAACAGUAACGAAAAAGUUUUUAAUUUCGGUGUGCUUUUUGGAGUUUGGAGUUAGCGUAACUUUGAUGUGAUUGAAUCGCGCUUGAAUUUCAUUGUUGGAAUAACCUUAAGUGAUACACAUUUGCCGUCACCAACAAAUGAGCCAUUCAUGACAAUUGUGACACUUAUAAACGUGCCAAAGAUCUUACAGCACGUUUCGCUUCGAUUCAGCUCCAUCGAAAUGAUUGAAAACAGGAAAUGAAUGAUUAAAAAAAAAUUAAGACGAUUACAAAUUGUCGUGCGUUUAAAUCUUAUUUUGACAGUGGAUGCAACCAGCCAGUGUUAAUAAGUUCAAGUAGCUUAUAGAGUAUUAGUGAAGUUCCUUUGCGGAAAAAUUAUCAAGUGUAAUUUCGCGUAAUUUGUACCGCCAGCAAAACCGAUUUACAUAAACCUGUGAAGGAAAAGAAAAACAACAUUUGCAAGAUAUAUACACUGGAUUCUGGAUUAUAACAUAAGUGGUCAUUUUCAUAAACAGCCCAUAAAAAAUAACACUCAUUUCGGAUUAUUGAACGUGGAUUCAGUUGAUAUUGAAUUUGGAUUAAUAGUUGAUCAUCAAGCAGCAAGUAUCUUGAUCAUUUUCAGAAUGAUACUGCACAGGUGUAAGUCGCGGUUUUUAUUUUUACUUUGGCUAUGUGUGACAAUUUCAUCGGGAAGUUCAUUGUCUUGGCAACCAUGCCCUGAGCUUAGUUCAGCAUUGAGAUACCCGUGCCGAUGCAAAGUCGAACCAUUCGGACCGAAAUCACAGCUGGGCGCCGUUUCAAUGGAUUGUGACAAUGUCGUCUUUCACACCGAUUCGCCAAUUCUACCCAACGGAGCACCAAUUAUCUCAUUUUCGCAACGGUACUGCGGCCAACAAGUCUUGCCAACACAGGCAUACGCUACGACAGGUCUACCGCUACGCAGCUUAGACUUUUCACAUAACUCCAUUCGACGUUUGCCCGACAAAGCUUUUUCAGGCGUUGAGAACACGUUGGUCAUUUUGAAGCUGUCUGACAACUUAUUUGGCGAUUCGUUGAAUCCAAUUUUCUCAACGGCCGAGUUUCGUCCAUUGCAUCAAUUACGGAUUUUGGAUUUAUCGGGCAACAAAAUCAAGGCAUUAGAAGAGGGAAUUUUCAAAGGGUGUGAAAAUCUGCAGGAUUUGAACAUAGCCCGAAACAGUUUCACAUCAGUGCCAUCGACGUCAUUAAACGGUCCAAAUGCCUUGAAAUCAAUUUCGUUGAUGAACAACAGCAUCGCUGUUGUACGAUCGGAGGCGUUUACAUCGCAACCAAGUUUGGAACGAAUCGACUUACGAUAUAAUCGCAUUUCAACCAUAGACGGUGGUGCAUUUGGUGGAUUGACUUCACCUAAGGAAAUCUAUUUGGCCGGAAAUCGCUUGAUUCUGCUUAAUAGCGACGUUUUUGAGGGUGCAUCUUCGUUGGAAAAACUUGACUUGUCUGAGAACUUCAUUUCGGCAUUCCCAUCGAUUGCUUUACAAGAAGUGGGCAAUUUGAAGUUGUUGAAUUUGUCAUCAAACAUGAUUCAAAAGCUGGAAUCGGCUCAUUUGGAAAAUUUGAAAGGACUUCAAAUCUUGGACCUUAGCCGGAACGGAAUCAACUCAGUGGCGCCAGCAACCUUCCGAGAUUUAUCACAAUUGAAAUACUUGGAUUUGAGUUUGAACUCAUUGAGAACGAUCGAAGAUGACGCUUUGGAAGGUUUGGAUUCACUUCAGACGUUAAUCCUGCGAGACAACAACAUUCUGCUGAUCCCGGGUAGUGCUUUGGGUCGUUUGCCACGUCUAUCCAACUUGUAUUUAGAUUACAAUCGUGUCGCUGCACUUUCAUCCGAUAUACUUGGUUCAAUUCAACCGGAAGACAUUAAGUAUAUGUCUCUCUCGCGAAAUGUGAUCCGUGAACUUCCACCGGGUAGCUUCGAAAUGUUCCGAAAUUUGCGUUAUUUGGAUUUGUCAGGAAACUCUCUGGCCACCAUCAGCGCUGAUACAUUCCAAGGUUUAGACUCUGCAUUGCGUGAAUUGAGAGUUUCGCACAAUCGAAUCACAUCGAUCGGAAAUAUUCCGUUGGCUCUGCGCAAGCUACGCAUUUUGGAUUUGAGUGACAACAACAUUGUGGACAUUGCCAAGAACUCGUUGAUGGGAUUAGAAAAUCUGCUCUACUUGAAUUUGAGUCACAAUCACCAUUUGGGCCCAAUUCCAGUGAAUCUAUUGCAACCGUUGGUAAAAUUACGUACGAUUGACUUGAGUAUGUCCGGAUUAAAGACACUUCCAUCGGAGGUCUUUGAAAAUUCACCGGAUUUGGAGAUUAUUGUCCUGAGAAAUAACGCCAUUCAAGAGAUCGGUGAAUCAACUUUUGCCAACUUGCGUAACAUUUCAUCGAUUGACCUGUCACACAAUCAUAUUUCAAGUUUGCGAUCAGCGUCAUUCGUUAAUUUGAUGAAUUUGAAGAAGCUCAAUUUGAAGGGUAAUCAAUUGAGCGCUUUCAAAGGUGAAUUCUUCAACACCGGCACCGGUUUGGAAGAGCUUGAUUUAUCUGAUAACCAGUUAAGUUACCUAUUUCCAUCAUCAUUCCGCAUUCAUCCUCGUCUUCGCAGAUUGAGCAUUGCCAACAAUAAAUUCAACUUCUUCCCAUCCGAAUUGAUUGCCACUUUGCAAUACCUUGAACACAUCAAUCUGUCUGGAAAUGAGCUGAAAACAAUUGACGAACUAGAUUUUGCCCGUUUGCCACGGUUGCGCGUGUUGGAUGUGGCCUAUAAUCAACUUGAAACUUUAAGUGAAAUGGCAUUUCACAAUUCAACGCAAUUGCAAGUCGUUGACUUGAGUAACAAUCGCAUUGAUCGCAUUGGCGAGCGUACAUUCGAAGGGUUGGUACGUUUAGAAACACUCAACUUGGAAGGAAAUCGCUUGAACGAUUUGCCAGAGACCAUUUUCGAUCGAGCUAAAUUGCACAUGUUGGAGAAUAUCAACUUGGCCAACAACAAAUUCGAUUAUGCGCCAUUGAAGGCGUUGCAGCGGCAGUACUUCUUUGUGACAUCGGUGAAUUUGAGCAAGAACAACAUCAAGUCCAUUCCAUCUGAAGAUAGUGUUAUGGUCAAUAUUAAAAAGCUUGAUCUUUCUUACAAUCCAUUGACCGAGCAAACGGUGGAGAAUAUUUUAAACGAACCAAAAACCGUGCGUGAAUUGAAUUUGGCUGGCACUGGUGUGAAGGCGAUCACAUCAUUAGAAACACCAUUCUUGCAGAGCUUGAAUUUGUCACACAACAACAUUGUUAGCGUCAAUGAAGAGGCAUUCGAACGGGCAACUCUACUUGAAAGUUUGGAUUUAUCAAGCAACAUGUUGAAUGACAUCAAGAAAUUGUCAAAGAUGUGGCCGAAAUUAACCUCACUCCAAUACUUGGACUUGUCCAACAAUUCAUUUGAAAUCAUUUCACAAGGCGAUUUUGAUAAUUUGGAUAUGCUGAAGUCACUGGCCAUCACUGACUUGAACCAAAUCAACCGCAUUGAGAAGAAUGCAUUCAAGAAUUUACCAAAUCUAUCCGAACUCAAAGCAUACAAUUACCCACGACUUGGUUACUUAGAUGUGCAAGGCAUCGUUGAGUUGUUGCCAACGUUAAGCUCGUUGGAUGUUGAAAUUAAAGACGCGGCUGUUGGAAGUGAUCAAAUCCAACCGGCCAAACAUCCACGUCUCAAGGAGCUGGGCAUUCGUGGCAGUCGAUUGAGAAGUAUUUCAGCAGCUACGCUGGCUGGAUUAAAGGGCAAAGACUUGCAUAUUAAACUUAUGAAUACGUCAUUGUCUGUAUUGCCACCGGCACUCUUGUUCCCAGUUCCGCGAUCAUCGAAUGUCGAUUUGGAUGUGUCUGGUUCGAAGUUGACCGUUUUAUCGCCACAACUCUUGACCGCAUUGGAGGAUCGGCGGAAUAGUUUGUCGCUUCAUGGCUUAGACUCGAAUCCAAUCCACUGUGAUUGCAAUGCACGUGCUUUGCGCCGCUGGUUACCUGGAUCGCAUAUGUCAAGUUUGCGAUGUGCAACGCCCGACUAUUUGGCCGGAAAACUCCUCACUGAAGUCGGUGAUGAUGAAUUGACAUGCGACUCCCGUAAACCAACUACGGCCACUCCAAUCACAACGAAAACCACCGCACAACGAACCACAUCGAAAAUUGUGACACGAUACACAACAUCCGAACCGGAAAUCAUUUGGAGCAUGCCACCAUCACAAGCACCGACCAAAAUCAAAACCAAACCACCGAUGAUUAACAAAGCCGUGAUCGCAAACGAUGACACUUUGAUCAUCAUUAUCGUCGGAAGUGUCGUUGCAUUCAUCACAAUUUUGAUCAUUAUCAUUUGCAUCGUUCGCCUACGAAUGAGUUCGAAUAGCUAUCACAACGGUCCAAUUCCAAUGGGAAUGCCACCAAUGCCGCUCAGUUCAAACAUGCAAAUUGCUGGAUACAAAACACCAACUCCAUUGUACGCUAUCCCACCGUAUGCUCAAAACUAUGCCACAUUGCCGCACAAGCCAAUGUCACACCAAUCCAUGACGAAUCUCAGUCAAUCGCGAACAAAUUACUCAACCAUGGGACGAAAUCCAUACUAUCAUCAAUCACCAUCACUCAAUGGUCAACCAUUCGUCAUUUACUCAGACGAGAAGAGUUACAGAUAAUAAAACUAUCUGCAUAAGUUAAUAAGUUGCCAAACCGUGCUAAAGACAACUCACAUUUGGUGUGCUAACGCUUUAGCUCUGAAAUGGAAAAAAAAAUAAAUUAUUUGACACAUUGCACAUCGCGUAACAUUUACGCGCCGUGCGUAAACUCUUGAAUUCAAUAGUCAAAGAUUUAAAAAAAAAUACGAACGAUAACGUAGAUCGAAAGAAAAGAAUGGAAGUGAAGAAGACUUGAGUACUUUUCAAUGGAUUAAGUCUUGAUUUUUUUUGUAUAUGUCAUUCUAUACAGAAUAAUAUUGUCACAAAACUUCUUUUGUACAUAUCGAAAUUAAAUGAAAAAAAAAAAAAAAAAACAGAAAAAAACACACACACACACAUUACAAUUAAGUUUAAUAGCAUAAUUGAACGCGCGCGAGAAAAGAAAAAAAUAGUCGAUAAAAUUAAUGAACGAAAAAAAGCAUUAAUUUACAUUUCUUAUUUAUAGGCCUAAGAAAAUAAGGAACAAAUGUUAAAUUAAUUAUGAAAUAAAUGAGAUGAAAAUUUAAUCCGAA